CUCCUGCUCGAUGAUAUAAAACGCGAUUUUUCUGAGCUCGAAUUCUACGGUAACACUUAUUCAAUCCAACCUGAUGGAAAAGCAAGUGCUAGCACAUUGAAUGCUAAUCUUAGAAGAGAUAUGACUCUAAUUGUGGAAUGUCAUCAAACUUUCAACAGAAACUUCAAGGAUUGUGCAGAAAUUUCAGCAUAUGGCAUACUAGUCAACACAUUCAACAUCAGUAUUGAUACUGCAUUCAAUAUAUACCGGAUGAUGAAGGCUGGAAAUUUAAGAACAUCAGUGAACUACGCGAUAGCAUCCUUCCUGAUAAAUUUGCUCGGGUUCUUUCGAUUCCAUACAGGAAAUAAAAUAGUCAAUCAGAAUGACAUUUUCCGUGAAGCCUUAGCGGAAUUGCCGUGGACUGACAAAACCCAGUGGUUAAAGAAGACUAUGAUCACCAUGAUGGGUCGCGCCAAUAUUGAUACUGAAAUAAAGCCGUACAACAUUUUCGUUUUGAACCAUAAAACCUUCAAUAAUCUAAUGAGAACAAUUUUCACUUAUGGAAACUUUCUAUAUACUACAGCAAGCACAGCAAAAUGAGAAGCAAGCAGCAUCUCAAGAGUUUUCAAGUGAAGAAAUGUUUGAAGCUUAUAGGAAUGGAGUAAUCUCUAUGAGGAAUAAAAAUAAUACAAGUUGAGAAAUAAUAAAAGAGCAAUUAAGUAAGCAAGUUGUUCUAAUUCCAAUAAUUAUGAACCAAUGGUGCUUUUUCGGAUUUCAUCAUUUCAUGGAUUUUAGGUCUCAAAUGCUGCACGGACAAAGUUAAUAUAGGUCUACUCAUGCCAGCAGUAGUUGAUAAUUUCGGUUACCUUUGCAGGGAAUGAUUAGUCUCAAAAAAUAGAGAAACUUAAUUUUUAUAAUUGAAUAUAACCGUACUUAGAAAUAUUUCUUAUG